GCACGAGCCUGAACAGCAGGAAAGCAGCAGAUGAUAUGGCAGCUUUGUGAGCGACCAGGUGGAACUUGCUUUGUUUAAAACACCGUGCAGUCUCCUUGCCAUGGACACCUUGUAGAGUAGGGACGUUGAAGAUGAUCUACUUGAUCCUGAUAUCGGCGAUCUCCGGGGCGAUCGUCACGUUGAUCGUGGAGUUCCUGCUGGUCUACCGGAGGAGCCCGGAGCCCGUAGCCAGGACAGUGCAAUAUGUCAAAGUAGUGCCCGAUCCCGCACUGAGGGAUUACUUCAACAGCCAACAUGUUGAGACGGGUCAGCUCCAGCCAGACAACACGGCGUCCAGACAGCAAGAGGCCGUGUCGGCCAGGCACCAGGAUGCAGCUGUCCCCACCACCACCACUGCUGGCCCCAGACCGCAGCAGUCGUCCCCACCGCCCCACAGCGAACCCCUCGAUCCGUCUAAGCCGGAGACGUGUAAUUUCCUCAACGCGAUCUUCUUGUUUUUAUUCCGGGAACUCCAGGACACCCCCGUCGUACGCCACUGGCUCACCAAGAAGAUCAAGGUGGAGUUCGAGGAGCUGCUGCAGACCAAGACGGCGGGUCGGCUGCUGGAGGGGCUCAGUCUCCGGGACCUGUCCCUGGGCAACUCCCUGCCCGUCUUCCACACAGCCAGGCUCAUGAACCCGGUGCAGUUGAACGCGGACGGCAUGCCCGAGGAGCUCAACUUUGAGGUAGACCUGGAGUACAACGGUGGCUUUCACCUAGCAAUCGACGUGGAGCUCGUGUUCGGCAAGUCUGCGUACCUGUUCGUCAAGAUGACGCGCGUGAUGGGCAGACUCCGGCUGCAGUUCACGCGCACGCCCUUCUCCCACUGGUCCUUCUCCUUCCUUGAGGACCCCCUCAUCGACUUCGAGGUUCAGUCGCAGUUUGAAGGCAGACCGCUACCCCAGCUCACCUCCAUAAUAGUCAACCAGCUCAAACGCGUCAUCAAGAAGAAACAUACCUUGCCAAAUUACAAAAUCAGAUACAAGCCCUUCUUCCCGUUCCAAGUCCAGCCGCCCCUGGUCCCGGCCUAUGACGCAGACCUGUCGGUCCACGAUGAUGCACUGGUGGAAGGCCGGCUCAGGGUCUCCCUGAUCGAAUGUAGCAGGCUGUUCAUCCUGGGCUCGUACGACCGUGAGACCUACGUCCACUGCACCCUGGAGCUGAGCAGCUGUGAGUGGAAGGAGAAGACCAGGAGCUCCAUUAAGAAGACAGAGGUCUUCAAGGGGACGUGUAUCAGCAUUGGCAUUACUUUCCGCCAGGUCCCUGCCAGCGAGGCCGACGCCGUGCACGUGUGCAUCGAGACGGUGACGCCAAACUCCCCCGCCGCGCUCGCCGACCUGCAGCGGGGCGACCGGCUCAUCGCCAUCGGAGGUGUGAAAGUGACAUCCUCUGUACAAGUGCCCAAACUGCUGAAACAAGCAGGAGAAAGGGUUGAGGUUCUCUAUGAAAGACCAGUCCGCCAUCAGAGCUACCCACUAGGUAAUCUAGGGCCCCUGCAUGAGGGCCUGAGCCAUCUGGAGGACCCGGCCUUCAUUGGUCCCCAGGGGCCAUCAGGAUACGAAGAAGAUCCGGCCCCGAUCAGCACCGUCCCAGACAUGGUGGACUGCAAGGAGAUUGACUCUGAGUUUGAGGAGUUGAUGGUGGACUCCAAGCCGAGCCCGACCAGCAGCCCUGGUGGCGCCAACCCCCCCGACGCUAGGGAGGACUCCCUACUCACAGUAAACCAAAGCCCCAAAAGGGCCGUGGCCAACCUAGCCUCAAUCUCACCCAUCCUAAACCGCAAGCUCCUGCUGGUGGGGCUCCAGUCUCCUCUGAAGCCACAGCCCAAAGAACCACCGAAGCCCUCGCUGCCCAAGAGCAGCGGGGACUCAUUGGAUGCCGGUCCCCAGCGGCCCACCGUUCCUCCCCCGCCGCCCCCCACUCGGCCUCCGGUGCCUCCUCGACCACAGAUAAAGUUGACCACGGCCUCCUCUGAAACCAGCCUGUUGGAGGUUACUGAUCUGACACCAGCUACCAGCUCUGCUUUAGCAACUGCAACCACCACCUUCUCUAUUGCCAGCAACCCCUGCACCACCACGUCAGAGAAGUCCCCCGAGAAGAGUCCCGUCCACACAGCCCCCGGUGAAAAGGCCUCUGCGGAGAAGAGCCAGGUCAAGGCGACGGAGCCGAAGCCAGCCAUGAAGCAAGCAGAGUCCUGCGAGGAACUCUCUGCCCCUUCGGCUGCCCCCAGUAGCAGCAGGCCUGACUCAAUGAAAGACAAAAAUUCAGAGAGCACCUGCAGCAUACGAGACAGCCUGGAAGACAACACCUUUAGGGAAUGCCCAGAGACCAUGUUCCGCAACAAGUCAGGCCGCUGGAGCAACGCCUCGCAUGUUUUGGAGGUGGAGAGGAACCAUCGUUACCUUAACGUGGCACUGUGGUGCAAAGACCCUUUUAAGCUAGGCAGCCUCCUUUGCCUGGGCCACGUGAGCCUCCGACUGGAAAGCGUGGCCUUGGAAUGUAUGGCCACCGCAUCGGCUGAGUACCAGAGCACAUUCAGGCUAGUGGCACCAGAGCCCAGGGCUAAUGUUAGCCGCACAGCCCUACGCAACCUGAGCACCCACAAGGGCUUCAACGAGAAGCUUUGUUACGGAGACAUCACGUUAAACUUCUGCUACCUGGCCGAAGGGGAGCCCGACUAUUCAGCGAGGAUGGUGGAACGGGAGCGAGAGGGAAGCCUUCAGGAGGAGGACCUUAAGGACAGGGAGAGGGAACACGUGCACGUGGCCCAGCGUGACGAUAUGGCAUAUGGCGCUCUGCAGAUGGCCGAGGUUCGUCACAACUUCCAGGACACCCAGUUCCAGAACCCCACCUGGUGCGAGUACUGCAAGAAGAAGGUGUGGACCAAGGCGGCCUCACAGUGCAUGAUCUGUUCCUACGUCUGCCACAAGAAAUGCCAGGACAAGUGCCUGGCCGAGAAUCCGUUUUGCGUGGCGGCAACGGACCGCCGCAGCGCAGACCCAGAGGCCAAAUCCACCAUUAACCGAGCAACCAGUGGCAUCACGCGGCACAUCAUCAACACCAGCUCCCGCCUGCUCAACCUGCGGCAGGUUCCAAAGACGCGCUUGGUAGAGCAAGUGGUCGACAUGGGUCCCGGCACAGUGGAGCCCUCCCCAAAACACACCCCCAACACCUCUGACAACGAGAGCAGUGACACGGAGACAUACGCCAGCGGGGCAAGCCCCUCCAAGCACCCCUCCGGCGGCGCAGGCAUCUGCAGCGGAAAGCUGGCACGCCGGGAGGGAGGCCUGGACGACAGCGUGUUCAUCGCCGUGAAGGAGAUCGGACGCGACCUCUACCGGGGACUCCCCACGGACGAACGGUCCCAGAAACUAGAGCUGAUGCUGGACAAGCUCCAGCAGGAGAUCGACCAGGAGCUGGAGCGCAACAACACCCUGCUGUCGGAGGAGCGCGAGGCCACGGAUGCCCGCCGAAAAGCAGCGCUGGCCAAGUCCGGGGAGAGGCUGCAGGCGCUCACCCUGCUGAUGAUCCACUACCGGGCCGGCAUCGAGGAUCUGGAGUCUGUGGAGAGCACCUCGCCGUCGGAGCCACACAGCUUCAAGGCUAAAGGCGAGGAGGAUGAGUCUUUGACAGCGGCGGAGAUUUAUGACAGUGACAUGUGCAGCCCAGUGGAAGUUCCGCCGCUGGACGACAUCACCGAGGAGCAGAUCUGUGUGGAGGCCCUCCACUAAAGAAGAAAGAGAGGAAAGAGACAGUGGGCUGCAGUCCGGGCUCCUGGCCCCUAGACCCGGUUUAAGAUUCAGUUUGGUCAAAGAACUGUCCCUUAUGGAAUCGCAGGUUAUUACAAUGACUGGUCAUCAUCACAUUUUGUGAAUCAGAAGCAGCAGUUGAAAUGACCGGCUGUUUGUCUUGCACUGUCCCUGUUUGUUGGUGACUCUUUAAUUUUGAGGGGAGUUUCAGUGAUACUCUAGGGGUAUUUCAGCUAUACUUGAUUAAGAUGAGAAGGGUUCAACAUUUGAUUCAUGCUUCUUCUCACUUCUUGCCAGAUCUCUGUGGGCAGCCUGCUGCAAUUUCACAUAAACUACGGAAACCCUGAAGGAUUGGGGUAUAUGUGUUUCUAAUGAUAAUGGUUUCAUUCCUUUUGUUUUCGUGGGCUUAAUGGUGGAUCAAGUUCCUUAAGAACUCAUCGCUGUGUGUCAGCAGAACACUAGGAGUCUUCUGAUCACUAAUAACUUCUCUCUUCAUUAACCGCUUAACCGCUAAAUUAGCUUUAUAUCAAAAUGUGGUUAUUGAUUAUUAUGCUGAACUUGAUUAUUGACACGUCAUCGGUAGUCAUUUUAUAUUUAUACAUUAUACAUAUAUAAAUAAUAUACAUAUUGAACAAACUAAGGAAUUAUUGAUUAAUAAAGGUUUGUAUUUUAUUAAAAGGUGCAAUAGGUUGACGACGUCAGUAAAGGGAAAAUGAAUGUCCCAAAUAUUUGAUCAUAUCAUUUGGUAAUCUGAGAUAGUGAUGAGGAAUUAGCUAUACUAGUUGAGUAGCCUUACACCUUCCAUCACAAUGGUGUGGAAGUAGGCAAGUAAAUGAUUAGCCCAGCCUCCCAGGCCCAUCAGCAUCAUCAUAAUGGAUAAUGUUUGUUAAGAGAGAAGCGAAUCUGAUCAGGAUACUGUUGGUCUUCUGACUUGGAUCUAAAGUCAGACCAUACCGUACUUGAGUGGAACAGUCCCUGGUUCUUUACGAGCCUCCAUAGUAAAUCAAAGUACACGUAGGCCUACACUGAAUUGUAAUGUCUUAAUUCUGGACUAUCAAAUUAGGUCAUUUUCUUCAACUGAAUUCGGUUUUCAAAGGGACGUUUUAAAGUGACUAAUUGUAUCACCCCUCUUCAUUCCGUCAUAUGGAAAAUGGGACAUUUACAUGUGGUUCAACAUUAUUCGCUAUUGCUAACAAAUGUUUGUUAAAACAGAAUAUAGUAAAAAAAGAAAGUGUCGAUGUGAUUAUGAAAUAGCAGCGGCUUGGGUGUUUUAAGCUAGCUCCUUAGAGACCAUUAGAGCAUGGCCCUGCCACCUGCUAAUUGGCAAAAUCAUACGUGCAGAUGCAUUUAGUCAAACCUCCAAACCCUGGAAGCACCCGGCUCAUCGCAAAUCUGGAAUAAGUGUCUAGAAAACGUAAAAACACAAGAGUAAAACAAUGGAGGAGGAAAUCCGCCUCGACCACGUCGUGUGUCAGGGAGUCUGUCCAAAAGGUCCUAAAUAUCCGGAGCACUUUCUUGAUGACGUUUUAGCUCCUAGGACACCUUAAAAUGCUUGUUGGCUUUACAGCAAUGUGUGGAACAGGCGUAAGAUUCGAUUUUUUUAAGGAAGUAGAUAGGUUUGUUAAGUGAGGAGCACUGCUAGUCCGCAUCGGCCAGGUCCGUUGCCAACUUGCCACCCAGUUGUAGGCCGGGCCGUUUAGCACAUGUGUGUGCCGAGCUCCUUGGUUCCUAGAGGAACACCUGCCACGCCUCGUUUAUUAGUUAGUCCUUUAUUAUUAUUAUCGUUAACAAUAGGAUAAUUUAGUUGUUGGUGUGUGCGUCUCAAACCCAGCCUGCUUUCUGUGGCGCAGAUAUAUCACUGACUGACUUAGUUUGUAAUAAUCACUUCACUUCUGAACAAAUGGACUAACGUAACAUCUCCCGCCGUUUGCGGAGUUGUGUGUGUGUGUGUGUGUGUGUGUGUGUGUGUGUGUGUGUGUGUGUGUGUGUGUGUGUGUGUGUGUGUGUGUGUGUGUGUGUGUGUGUGUGUGUGUGUGUGUGUGUGUGUGUGUGUGCGAUGGAUUAAUGGACGGAUGGAUGGAUUUAUUGUAACCGGUUAUGAACCGCUUCAAGUUGUUUUUGAUUUAAUUGUGGGACCUCCAGCAACCUUAAAGAGUUGUUGUCAUAUCAGGACGAAUGUAUCCCCUGCUCCUUUGUCUUCGUCUUCUUCCUCUUCUAAUGCUGCUUGGCGCCUUCCCCCCCAUCCACUCUGUAGAAAUCAUGUCCGUUCAUGUCUGCUGUUUCAGUGAAGCUUUCAUAACCAAAUAUCACCGUUCCCCUAAACAUGUUCCACGCAACAGUCUUGCUACCAAAUCGUAACUACCUUCGUCGUUUCCUUUUUAAGACCGUCCACUUCGUCGCUACGGCAACGUACGCAAUACUUACUGACCAUGCCGAGGGACUUGGGGGAGAGGGGGGGCGGGUUGUUCGACUUCCUGUUCCUCCUCCCCCCAAACCCCCCGUGUGCACGUCAUGGUGCUUCUCUCAAUAGUUCCUGGCUGCGCUGUUUGUCGAUGUAUCUCCAAUUAACCCUGGUUUCGCUAUUGUCAUUUGAACAACUUCACCCUUGUAGUACCCCGUCUUUUUGUGCGUGGUGUUGUGGAUGAGCGCUGCUUUUGACGCUGCUAUUGAAGCGAAAUGUGCUCUUAUUUUGAAAAUAAUGAAACCACAUCGCCAUCGCCCCCCCCCCCCCCCCCCUAUUUUUCACUGACUAUAGUGACUUCUCACGCCAUUGCUUCCAGCGAGUCGUGGUGGCAUAUGUUUUCUUUCUAUUUGUGUGUUUGUCCAUUUGAGUGAUGUCUUGCAUCAUUGUGGACAUUGCCCAUGUGAUGAAGCUGUAUUGUACAUAGCCUAAAUAAAUAUGCUCACCCUCUGA